AUCCGCGAUCAUCGACACAGACCGUCAGUUGAUCCUCACGCCAGCGGACAGUGAAGGUUACCUGCUUCAACAGUGCUUGAACGGAAACCUGUCACACCGUCUCCACACACCGCGACCCGGCCACCAUCUCUCUGCCCCCGUCGACAGCGUCGCAUCUCACUUCGUCGACCUUGAAGCCAUAACACACGUUUAGCCUCGCAGCUAGCUUAACUGUUUGUUGUGCUAACACAGGCCACGCCGCUCUUCCCAACCUGCUCGCUACGAGGAGACCCGACACCGACAUCUUCGAACCAUGAGUUCCCAGGUGAGACAGAACUUCCACCAGGACUGUGAGGCUGCAAUCAACAGGCAGAUCAACCUGGAGCUGUAUGCCUCCUACGUCUACCUGUCCAUGGGUUACUUCUUUGACCGGGAUGACCAGGCAUUGCACAACUUUGCCAAAUUCUUCCGUAAUCAGUCACACGAGGAGCGCGAGCACGCUGAGAAGCUCAUGAAACUGCAGAACCAGAGGGGUGGAAGGAUCUUCCUACAAGAUAUCCGGAAGCCAGAGAGAGAUGAGUGGGGCAGUGGGGUUGAGGCUCUUGAAUGUGCCCUGCAGCUGGAGAAGAGUGUGAACCAGUCACUGCUGGACCUGCACAAGCUCUGCUCUGAUCACAAUGACCCACACAUGUGUGAUUUCAUCGAGACACACUACCUUGACGAGCAGGUGAAGUCCAUCAAAGAGCUGGCCGACUGGGUGACCAACCUGCGCCGCAUGGGAGCUCCCAAGGAUGGCAUGGCUGAAUACCUGUUUGACAAACAUACCCUGGGCAAAGAAAGCAGCUAAAUCCCUCCAGAGCACAUUUACAAAAGCCUCUUUAUAUGUAUAUUUGUAACUUGCUACUAUUUUAAAAAUACAAAGCCACCUGCAUGUUCAUGUGGAGUAGUUUACACCACCUCUAUUCCUGUCAUGGCAGUUCCCUGCACACUUCUAUAAAGCCCUGAGAGCUAUUGCAUUCAAUCACAGUCUCGCUCUCUCUGCUAUCAGCUGUCAUUACUAUGUAUUCGCUGUGUUUUAUGCCAAGAGCUGUUGAAUAAAUCGAACCCUCUGGAUUCCGA